AUGGCCCAACAUCAAAACAUUCUCCCAAACCUACCGAGCGACGAUGGAAUGCAGUCCACCAAACAAGCAAUGGAAGUCGACGUGGAUAGCAUUACACAAUCCCUGACAUUCGACAAAUCUAUUUUCAAUUUUCAAACGUCUGCCAUUUCUGCAAAGGCCAGAGACAUUAAUUUCGAUUGGUCCCUAUUUGAUUUUACAAAGCCCACGGUGUCUUCCCCCUCCCCCCAGUCCAUCUUUGACUUUCAGAAACCUGGAAUCUCCUCCCCGAGCUCGGGCAUAAUGCCCACUUUUGACCAACCCAAACUCUCCUCCCCCACCAAUGAAGUUACUUUCGAUCGGGCCAUCUUCAAUUUUGAUAAACCCAAAGUGUCUUCCCUGGCCAAAGAUUUGUCGAUCUUUGAUUUUCAGAAACCUGGAAUGUCCUCCCCGGCCUCGGGCUCUCAUUUUUCCUUUGAAUUCCACAAGCCUGAUGUCGUGAUCUCGGAUGUGGACAAGUCGGUCUUCUCAUUUCAACCAUCUACCCCUGUGUCAAGCAGCCAGAAGCCAGCCAGAGGAAACCCUGGGUCACGUUCAAAGCACAAUCGCCAUCGUGCCAACCCGAGUUUACAGCCCCCAAACGAGCCCGAGGAAAGCCUGGGUCCAAUUGAAAGCACAAGGGCCAUCAUACCAACUGCCUUUGGUCAGGCCAUGGCAUAUGCUCCAUACCCGAUCUUCAUCCAUACACAUCGUCGGUUAGGACCCCGCCCACCACGUUCAACCAAAUUGGUGGAGUUGGAUUCCAACUCCCGACUCUGGGAAAGGGUCACUGACCCAGAUCCUUCACCCGAUCCCGUACUCCAGGACAUGCAGGCCAAAUUGGAUCAGCAUGACUCUCAAGAACUUACCCACGAUGAUGCCAUGGACUCUCUUUCAGGCCGUAUUCACCAGGAGGCGGUCAGAUCCCUGCCUGAAAACAUUACAACGACCAGCCAUUAUCGGUAUAUUCUAACUCGAAUGAGGAGGGAUAAAGAAAGCAUUGGAUGCCACCUUACUUUCACUAAAACCGUUUGUAACGAAUAA